GCGGCGGAGCCGGCAGCGGCGAGCAGCUCGCUGCCGCCAGCUCAGGCCUGGAGCAAGUCACUGAUCGCUACGAUCUGCGCGGUCAGCGAGAUGUCCGAGGGGCCGACAGUGCAGGGCGAGGAGGUCUACGCGAACGGAGGCGACUGCCACGCGGAGAAGAUGGAGCACCUCGAGAAGACCGCGGGCGACGGCAGGCAGAUUGUGAAGCAGGUUCUGAUCUACGAGAUGACCUCCGAGAUCCUGACAGGCAAGGGGGUUGGCGCCUACCGGGCCGACGGCAGCGAGAAGG